AUGGGGACCGGAAUCACAUCGAUUCUUUUGCACGAGUUCCCGUAUAAUGCCCAAUGGCUGCGGUACAUCUCGUAUAUUUGUUUCGGUCUCAACGUCUUACUGUUCACCAUCUUCCUAGCAUUGACGGUAAUACGCUAUGUUGUGUACCCCGAAAUCUGGUGCGUGAUGAUUGCGCACCCGGCUCAGUCUCUGUUCCUGGGAUGUUUCCCCAUGGCCUUUGCGACCAUCAUCAACAUGAUGGUCCUUGCUUGCUCGCACUGGGGAGAGUGGCUUAUCUACACCGCCUGGGUGCUCUGGUGGGUUGAUGUAUGGUUGUCGCUUGCCACUUGCAUCAGCAUGCCAUUCAUCGUCAUGCACCGUCAUCGGCCAAAUCUCGAGAACAUCACUGCUGCGCUUCUUCUUCCGAUUGUCCCUUCCAUUGUCGCAUCUGCCUCGGGUGGUAUCGUGGCCGAAGUCCUCCCAAGUACCGAUCAUGCCAUCAUGACCCUCAUCACCUCCUACAUCCUCUGGGGAAUCGGCGAAUUCUUUACCGGCUGCGUUCUGGCCUUGUAUUUCCACAGGCUGACGGUACACUCAAUCCCCCCGAAGGAAGUCGUUGUGUCUGUCUUUCUCCCAAUCGGUCCAUUGGGCCAAGGUGGCUUCGGUAUUCAGGAGCUGGGAAAGGUAGCAGCCAAGGUACUUCCUGGGACCACUACCUUUGGGGUCAUUGACAAUGGCGCAGCUCGAGCAGCAGAAACUCUAUACACCUGCGGAGUCUUCUUAGCUGUCAUGAUGUGGGGCUUUGGCGUGGCUUGGAUGACGCUUGCCUUUAUUACAAUAGCCACGAUGAAGAAGUUUCCGUUCAACAUGGGCUGGUGGGGAUUUACCUUUCCCCUCGGCGUCUUGGCAACAUGCACCGGGUCGCUGGCGAAGAAUCUUGACAGUGGCUUUUUCAAGAUAACUACUGCGAUCCUUUCCCUGCUGGUGGUGUCUUUCUGGCUCUUGGUGGCCAUCAGGACCACUCAGUUGGCACCCCGAACCAUGACUUCGAAUUUCAACCUGCCCAUUGACCUGGAGCGUCUACAGAAUGAUCGACUCAAGCUAGUUCCUCUAGAGGACAACCUCGAGGAAUGGGCCGGGGCCUACGUCCAAGAUGCAAACCGCAACCCACACGUAUACGACUGGCUUACUUACGGUCCCUUCGCUGACGCCGCUGAAUACAUAUGCUGGUACAACGAGACCUCCCGCAAUAAUACCAGCGAGCUGCUCUUAGCCAUCAUCCUGAAGGCCGGUACCGUCACUCGCAAGGACUCAGGCACUGGCGAGAUGACUGCCAUUGAAGUCACCGACGGCACUUUCGCGGGUCUCUGCGGUUUGGUCAGCCAGCCCGAGCGUGCCACCGUUGAUCUCGGGCAGUUGCUGAUUAGUAGAUUCCAACGGACGUUUGUGGGCACGCACGCCAACGCUUUAUUAUUGCAUUACUGCUUGGACAGCGUCGAGGAUGGGGGGUUGGGGCUUAGGAGGGUGCAGUGGCAGGCGAACGCGAGCAAUGUUGCAAGCGUCAAUGCGGCGAAGAGGCUGGGGUUUCAGUUGGAGGGAGUGAUCAGGUGGCAACAGGUGCUUCCCAUAGGAAAGAGAGCGAGUGAGGGGGCCGGGCUGGAGAGGGAGGGCUUGCCGAGAUUGGGGUUGGAUGGAAGAGAAUUGGGCCCAGGAAGGCAUACUGCUAUGUUGAGUCUGUGUUGGGAUGAUUGGGUGGGAGGUGGGAGGGAGCACGUAGAUUCGCUUGUUAGGAGGUAA